UCUCUCCUGCUCUCUCUGUAUAAAGAGAUGAGCGGAAGAAGAGGUAAUAGACGAGUGCGACAGCAUUUCUGUUAGCGGUUAGCUCACACACACAUUGUAAAACAGAUAGCAGUCAGAAAGAAGAAGGUCCCUGCUGCCUAUGCAUUGCGGAUGUUUUAGUCUAAAUGGAUGAACAGAGCGAAGGGGAGCAUGUGCUUACGGAGCAGGAAUGAGAGGAAACCGACUGAGACAGUUAUGGCUGCUUGAAGGAGCGGGACAAGGAGAACAGGAAGGAAGAGAGGAGAGAGAUGAGGAGGGUGAAAAAUGAGUCUGCUAAGGGUCUAGAUGAAGAGGCGAUCGUUGACCAUGGAAAGACCAGCUUCACCCAUCACACAAACUAUGAAAAGGAAGACUUGGAAAGCCACAGAGCAGUGUACGUAGGCGUCCAUGUUCCUCUUGGAAGAGAGAGCAAGCGAAGGCAUCGCCACCGAGGACACAAACACCACCGAAAGAAGAAAGAGAGAGACUCUGAGGAGGGGAAGGAAGAUGGCAGGGAGUCCCCUUCUUACGACACACCAUCCCAGAGGGUCCAGUUCAUCUUGGGUACAGAGGACGAUGACCUCGAGCAUGUCCCACAUGACCUCUUCACUGAGAUGGAUGAGCUCUCCUUCAGAGACGGCAGUGCCACUGAAUGGAAAGAGACUGCCAGAUGGCUGAAGUUUGAGGAGGAUGUGGAAGAUGGUGGGGAGAGGUGGAGUAAACCCUACGUGGCAACAUUGUCACUACACAGCUUAUUUGAACUACGCAGCUGUAUACUCAAUGGCACAGUCAUGCUGGAUAUGAGGGCCAACAGUAUCGAGGAAAUUGCGGACAUGGUGAUAGACAGCAUGGUGGCUUCAGGCCAGCUGAAGGAGGAUCUGCGGGAAAAGGUGCGGGAAGCCAUGCUGAAGAAACACCACCACCAGAAUGAGAGAAAGCUCAGCAAUCGCAUCCCUCUGGUGCGCUCCAUUGCUGACAUAGGCAAGAAACAUUCUGACCCACUCUUGCUUGAAAGAAACGGAGAGGGGCUGUCCUCUUCACGUCUCUCUCUCCACAAGCCAGGGGCAUCCUCCUCUGUAUCCAACCUGUCCCAAAGACGAGAGUCCCGAGUCUCCGUCCUGCUCAACCACCUCCUGCCCUCUUCUUACUCCAACACUGGGUCCUCCCCAGCUCCAUCACCCCUCACCACCCCUCAAAAUACCCCCGCUUCCUUCCGGCGCUCCUCCCAAAGCCCACCACGCACCCGUGGCGCAGGCCUUGGCCCUCAAGGCAUCCCUCAGGUGGUCGUAUCACCUCCCGAAGAUGACGACCCACCAAACCCUGCAGAAGAUGAUGCUGCAUCACCACAGUUCAGCCGGCGAGCAUCCUCAGCAUCCCAGGGCCUCGAGCUGCUGCCCUUAGAAGGACCAUUGGUGUCUCCGAACUCUGUCCCUAACAACCUGGAUGGCAACAAGGCAGUGGAGAGGAGGCCGUCCAAAGUAGGGGUCAGUAGAGAAAGCAGCAGUGUCGACUUCAGCAAGGUGGAUAUGAAUUUCAUGAAAAAGAUUCCUCCAGGCGCCGAGGCUUCCAAUGUGCUGGUGGGAGAAGUGGACUUCCUGGAGAAGCCCAUAAUUGCCUUUGUACGACUGUCCCCAGCAGUCCUUAUCACAGGCCUCACAGAGGUGCCUGUUCCCACAAGGUUUCUUUUCCUGCUUUUGGGUCCUCAUGGCAAAGGGCCACAGUACCAUGAAAUUGGCAGAUCCAUGGCCACACUGAUGACAGAUGAGAUUUUCCACGAUGUGGCAUACAAAGCCAAAGACCGAACGGAUCUCCUCUCUGGGAUAGAUGAGUUCCUUGAUCAAGUGACUGUCCUGCCUCCUGGAGAAUGGGAUCCCACGAUUCGGAUUGAGCCCCCCAAGAAUGUCCCAUCUCAGAUGAAGAGAAAGAGACCGCCCCAGCCCAACGGCAAUGCGUCUCCAGCUGGAGAGCUGGAGAAGGAAGACGGCCAUCACAUAGGGCCUGAGCUACAGAGGACCGGGAGGAUAUUUGGAGGUUUGAUCCUAGAUGUCAAGCGGAAGGUACCAUUCUACUGGAGUGACAUCAGGGACUCCCUCAGUCUGCAAUGUCUAGCCUCCGUCCUCUUCCUCUACUGCGCCUGCAUGUCCCCUGUCAUCACAUUUGGAGGUCUGCUUGGAGAGGCAACAAAAGGCAACAUAAGUGCCAUAGAGUCUCUAUUUGGGGCAUCACUGACAGGAGUGGCAUACUCCCUCUUCGCAGGCCAGCCCCUCACUAUUCUUGGCAGCACGGGGCCUGUCUUAGUGUUUGAGAAGAUCCUCUUCAAGUUCUGCAAUGACUACGACCUGUCCUACCUGUCACUGCGGACCAGCAUUGGUCUGUGGACAGCCUUCCUGUGUCUUGUCCUCGUGGCAACAGAUGCUAGCUCCUUGGUCUGCUACAUCACCCGGUUCACAGAGGAGGCCUUUGCCGCACUUAUCUGUAUCAUCUUCAUCUACGAGGCUCUGGAGAAGCUGUUUCACCUGGGAGAACACUACCCUAUCAACAUGCACAACAACUUGGACAACCUUACCCUGUAUUCGUGUCAGUGCUCUCCACCAGUUAAUGCCUCCGAUCAGCUGGAGCAGGAAUGGAACCGGACAGGAUACAGCCCAGACUCUAUCCCAUGGAGCAGCCUCAAUGUUUCGAUGUGUAAAAUGCUUCAUGGGGAGUUUGUGGGUCCAGCCUGUGGUCACCACGGGCCCUAUAUCCCAGAUGUUCUCUUCUGGUCUAUCAUCCUCUUCUUCACCACCUUCUUCCUGUCCUCCUUCCUCAAGCAGUUCAAGACAGAGAGAUAUUUUCCCACCAAGGUGCGUUCUACUAUCAGCGACUUUGCUGUAUUUAUAACCAUCAUGAUCAUGGUGUUGGUUGACUAUCUCAUGGGCGUCCCCUCUCCUAAACUGAAUGUUCCUGACCGCUUUGAGCCAACUUCAAAGAACCGCGGCUGGCUGAUGGACCCAUUAGGGGGAAAUCCCUGGUGGACACUGCUGGUGGCAGCACUUCCUGCCCUGCUCUGCACAAUCCUCAUCUUUAUGGACCAGCAGAUCACUGCAGUCAUCAUAAACCGCAAGGAGCACAAACUCAAGAAAGGCUGUGGCUAUCACCUGGACUUGCUGGUAGUGGCAAUAAUGCUGGGUGUGUGCUCCAUUAUGGGCCUGCCGUGGUUCGUGGCUGCAACCGUCCUCUCCAUCUCCCAUGUCAACAGCCUGAAGGUGGAGUCAGGCUGCUCCGCGCCGGGAGAGCAGCCCAAGUUUCUGGGCAUCCGAGAACAGCGGGUCACUGGAUUCAUGAUUUUCAUCCUCAUGGGUUGUUCUGUUUUCAUGACUUCAGUGCUCAAGUUCAUUCCUAUGCCAGUCCUAUAUGGAGUCUUUCUCUACAUGGGUGUCUCUUCCCUCAAAGGCAUUCAAUUCUUUGACAGAAUCAAGUUGUUCGGCAUGCCUGCCAAGCACCAGCCUGAUCUCAUCUAUCUUCGCUAUGUGCCGCUGUGGAAGGUCCAUAUCUUCACCCUGGUGCAGCUCACCUGUCUGGUGCUGCUGUGGGUCAUCAAGGCCUCUGCAGCAGCUGUUGUGUUUCCCAUGAUGGUUCUGGCGCUGGUCUUUAUCCGAAAGCUUCUAGACUUUUUCUUCACCAAGAGAGAGCUGAGCUGGCUGGAUGACUUGAUGCCAGAAAGCAAGAAGAAGAAAGAGGAUGACAAGAAAAAGAAAGCGCGUGAAAAGCUGGAGGAAGAGUCCAGAAUACACGAAGAAGAGGAAAUGGGAUUGAAGGUUGGCUUUGAAGGUUCAAACCGGCUCAGCAUCCCAGUGAAAACACUCUCAGGGAGCCAGGAGAAGGUGGCCUGCGUUAGAGUCGACGUCAGCCCAGACUCACCCGGAGGAGGUUCCACUGCCGAGACCUUCCUGUGAUAAAAGGGAGGCCCUCCUUCCCUCCUGAUACCGUCUCCCACAUAACACUCUACCCCGCUGACGGGCACCAUCUUAGUGGGAAAGGGGGCGUAGAACUGGAGCAGCACAACCUGCCUGCACAGCUCCCAAACCCCCAGGGCUGUGAGUCCUACUCCACUCAAGUCUUGAAGUGAGCAGCACAUUUACAAAUGGCUGCCGUGAUGUACUGUAGAGCACACAUCUCCGAGGAAUGAAGGAAUUCUGCUGUUACUGCCCACCGACACUCACUGUUUAGGAACUAGCAAUUUCUUAUCACCCACUUAAACCACAGAUGCCAAAGGAAGGGGCCUCACUGAUGGGGAUUUCAGACUGUGCAAAUUUAAUUUUUACCUUUUAACCCCUUGUAUAUUUUAAUUUCAAUUUUACUGUCAUUGUUUUAGCUGGUCCCAGUUCUGUACAUGUUUGCUUCUUGCAGCUCCGUUGUCCUGCACUGUUUGUUUUCAUGCAUUUUAGGUCAGAUUGAGACCUUUCAGUAAACUACACCAGCUUCAAAACUAAUUUGAUUAAAGCCAUUCAGGUGCUGUCAGUGACAGAUGGUUAUAUUUCAUAAUUGGUCUGACACAGUAAAUGACACAAACCAAAACAGAGGUACUUUCAAAUAGAUACUGAUACUACUACACCACACCACUACUGCAUACAUCUUUAUAAAUUUACUUAGAGAUCAUUUCUCCUUCCUACAGGAGAACACUCAGUAUUGAUAUUGCUGCUCGAAAGUUGGUCAUUUGUUCUCACUAUAAACCUCACUAUUCACAUUAUUCUAUGUGCUGUUAUAGAAAUAUCAUUGUAUGUAUGUGUACUGUGUUCUUUUCAUUCGUAACAUUAGAGAAAACCUACUUCUGAUGCCAUAUAAAGUCUGUACUGUACAGUAAGCACUUUGCCAGUAUAGUUUCUUACAUAGAAUGGAUUAUAGUGUGUUGAUAAAAAAGGUUACUUCUCCUCCCACAGUAUCUAUAGAGCUGUUGUUCAAAUGUCAGUUAAACAACUCAGGAAUCUUGAAGGAUUUCUGACUGUGGUCACUUGAUAUUUUUGUCACAGGGCAGCGAUAAUUAACUGUCCACUGUAUUCCUGUCAUCGCUGGUAUCACAACUAUUUUAAUAAAUGAUGUAAAUCAUAAAAAUAUAGUAAGGUGCAGAAUAAAAGAGAGAAUAUUUGUGACCCCAGUUAGUCGCACCCGUUUUAUACUGUCUGUAUUAAUGUUGGUUAUAGUGUGUGUGUGGUGUAAAGAUAAUUUGGUAUGUCUAGCGUUGCAAAUCAUUUUAUGCAAAAAUAUUUCUACAGUAAAUGUAAAAACUAUUGUAUUCUAUGAAGUUGUUCUUAUUUUGCUACGUGCAGUCCUGUUUUAGCAAUAAGUAUUCCAUACCGUGCAACGUAUGGACUCAUGAACCUAGCUAAUAUCCAGGCGAAGAAUAAUUUGUGAAACGAUUUCUGUGUCUGUUUCAUCGGCUCUGUCUGUGUGUAGCUACAGUGACUCUACGGACAAUAGCUUAUGUGCCUUGUCGAAGCUCUUUCAAUGUGCAAGUCUUGUACUGAUAAUUUAAGUGUUGAGAUCAGAUAUACAGGUACACACACGAUGGCACACAAAUGCCAAAGACAGGCCAUCAUCACAAGAUGGAACCAGUACUCGGCUCAUUUGCGGAGGCUUGUCUGUCGUAAUGUUUUUCCACGUUUGAGCCACCGACUCAAACGAUGUAACUCGAGCUGUCCUCCGUUUUAAAAAUGUAACCCUAACUACUGUUUCUGUGUGCGUGUUCUACUGUCACAGCUCUAGUAAUUGCUCACAGCAUAAAAGCUCUGUAAUCAAUAUUGAGGUACUGGUUUUUUUGAAUGAUCAGUGAAUGUCAAAUUAUUUUACUGUCAACAUCAAAAAUUGAAGUCUGUGACAAUUUGCCAACCAUCUCUUUUGUAAAAAACUAGAUCUUAAUUUGAAAUUCAGUCAUAUAUGGUUAUAGCUCUACAAGUACACCAAGUACUUAUAAUUUCAUAAUAUUGUUUAUUUUGAUUAAAAAAAGACCCUGUGCUCACAUCAUGUUUCUCAGUUCAGAUAUUUUAGCUAAUAGAGGUGGAUGAAAAAUAUCAGCAACAAAAAGGAUGUUUUACCCUCCAUCAUCACACCAACAUCACUUUGUAAAAAAAUGCAUUUGUUCUGAUGUACGGACACACAACAUCAGUGAAGCACAGUGCAUCCUGUUGUUAGCUUGAAUGAUGACUUUUCUGUCAUGGCAGAAUGGUGCAAAGCAAUAAAAGUGGAAACAUGG